AACAACGCAUGGCGGACCUGCCAUCUGAACGUCUCAAAAUCUGCCCUCCCUUUACGUAUGUGGGUCUCGAUGUAUUUGGAUCCUGGUCUGUCACAAGCAGACGCACCAGAGGAGGACAGGCGGAGAGCAAGCGGUGGGCCAUCAUGUUCUGCUGUAUGAGUUCGAGAGCUGUGCACGUCGAGGUCGUUGAGUCUAUGGACGCGUCAAGUUGCAUAAAUGCUCUCAGGCGCUUCUUUGCACUCAGAGGCCCUGUGAAACAGCUCCGUUCCGAUUGCGGUACCAAUUUCAUCAGAGCGUGCAAGGAGCUUGGAAUGGACAAAAUAGUGCAGAAGUACCUCAGUGAGCAAGGAUGCAGCUGGGAAUUCAACCCACCACACAGUUCUCACAUGGGAGGCUCGUGGGAGCGCCUGAUCGGCAUUGCCAGGAGAAUCCUAGAUUCAAUGUUUCUGCAGCUGAAAACUCGCUUAACCCACGAAGUUCUUUGCACACUAAUGGCAGAAGUUACUGCUAUCAUUAAUGCACGACCACUCAUACCUGUGUCUGCAGACCCGGAACAACCAUUCAUACUUUCACCAUCAGUGCUCCUUACACAGAAGACAGGAGUUCCGCCUCCUCCUGGAGACUUCUCGGACAAGGACCUGUACACAAAGCAAUGGAGACAGGUUCAAGCUCUUGCAAACCAGUUCUGGACCCGCUGGAGCUGCGAAUACUUACCUUGCUUGCAACACAGACAGAAGUGGACAGUACCUUGCAGAAACCUUCAAGUGGAAGAUCUAGUUCUGCUCAGGGACAAGCACAUAGCCCGCAACUGUUGGCCCAUGGCCAGAAUCUCUGCUGUAUUCCCUGGAAAGGAUGGCCAUGUAAGAAAGGUUGAGGUCACAACAACUGACCAAGGCAAUAUAAAAACCUUUCUAAGGCCAAUUGCAGAAGUUGUUCUACUUCUACCCAAAGACUGAUCUAGAGACUAAGGUUUAGCAUGCUCACAAGUUCAUAGUGACCUCACGUAGGUCAGGCGGGGAGUGUAUUGCCCUUUAAGCUGAAUUUAACUGCAGUAAUUGGUGUGUCCACUAGGAGGUAUAGGCAGUGUCUGAAAUUGCAUACUGUAUUGCCCUUUAAGGAAUUUAACUUUCAAAUAUCUGCUUUAAAUAUUUUUUGGUAAAUAUUCUCAAGUAAAAAUGUGAAGUUCAUAAUUACUUUUCCUUUAUCUACCUCGUUUGUAAAAAUUUAUAUUAUUUAUUUCAUGUGAUGAGGUCACUUCCUGUUAGUGCUCCAGGUUCUGCAUGAAAACAAUGAGACAGACAUAGUGUGCUCUCUCUGAUAAUCCAUUGCAUCCACUAAAAAGCAUCGUAGAGGCAAUGCCUUUUCACCGCAAAUGUUAAUGAGGAAGAGUGACAGUAAAUGAGCAACCUUACUACGACUCUGUUUUCAUUGGCUACGGUUUAACUUGGUGUUUAGUCAGAGUUGCAACACACUGCACGAGAACACUACAAGUAUAUAGUAUCUUAUAUUUAUCUUUAUCAUUUAAAUAAAUGUGAGCCCGGAGCUCUGCUAAAAAUUC